AUGGUUAUAGCAUUGGGAAACACCGAUGACUUACUUGGUUCAGGAAUGAUGGAGAAUUUAUCUACGAGAUACCACGACAACGUGAAUAAUGAACCACAAAGCCCCCUUAAUGACCUACAAUUACCUCACAAUGAAUCAACUUUAAAGUUAUACGAUGAGAAUCAUUAUACUUCAAUUUUUAAAUAUCCAUAUUUCUCAUUUCGCAGCCAUCAUCAAAGAUUGGAAUUAGAAAAUAAUAUGAAACCUUCAGUUAGUGAGCACACAUUAACAAUGAAAUACUUGGGGAAUGCCCCCAUCGAUAACAAUGAUUUAAUUUGGGACUUGGAUAACCAACCGUUUGAUCUAGAACUUACCCCAACCACCUUGAGAAAAAGAACUAUAAGAAAAUUAAGAGGGUUACAUAGAAGUCACAAAAGUAGAUCAAAGGUACCAAAAGAUGACGUUGAGGUUGCAUAUACAAAUUUCAUACAAUCUGAUCUUAACUUGGCUUAUGGUACCAGAAAAUAUGAGAAAUUAGACGGAGAAUUAGAAAGGAAAUUAAGUGCAAACAAUACGAAUAUUUAA